CGUACGCUGCCGCCCCUGGUCCCGGCGUCCUCUAGGACUUACCCAGAAGGCAUCACUUCGCUCUGGGGUCAAAAUGGCGGGCCGCCCUGCUGCUGCAGCAUCAGGGCGGUGGCUCGAAGGUAUUCGAAAGUGGUACUACAAUGCUGCAGGAUUCAAUAAGCUGGGCUUAAUGCGAGAUGAUACAAUAUAUGAAAAUGAAGAUGUAAAAGAAGCCAUAAGAAGGCUUCCAGAGAACGUUUAUAAUGACAGGAUGUUUCGCAUUAAGAGAAUGGACACUGUUUUCCCACUUCUAACCUGUCACAUCCUGUAA